AACCUCACAAAAAACCAUGAAAAACCAAUCGAAAUUGUUCACGAUCGGGCUAGUAUCAGCCUGGUAUACAUCCAACAUAAGUGUACUGUUGUUAAACAAGUAUUUACUAAGCAAUUACGGCUUCAAGUACCCAAUCUUCUUAACCAUGUGUCACAUGACGGCUUGCUCUUUGUUGAGCUACGUAGCGAUUGUCUGGAUGAAGAUGGUUCCAAUGCAAACGAUUCGAUCUAGGGUUCAGUUCUUUAAGAUCUCGACUUUGAGUUUAGUGUUCUGUGUGUCGGUGGUGUUUGGGAACAUUUCUUUGAGGUAUUUGCCGGUUAGUUUUAAUCAGGCCGUCGGUGCUACGACGCCGUUUUUCACGGCGGUCUUCGCUUACUUGAUGACAUUGAAGAGGGAAGCUUGGCUUACUUAUAUUACUCUUGUUCCUGUUGUUACAGGGGUUAUCAUUGCCAGUGGGGGUGAACCGAGUUUCCAUCUGUUUGGGUUUAUCAUGUGCAUUUCAGCUACAGCUGCACGAGCUCUCAAGUCAGUUUUACAAGGAAUUUUGCUUUCGUCCGAAGGAGAGAAGCUGAAUUCCAUGAACCUCCUUCUCUACAUGGCCCCUAUAGCUGUCGUUUUUCUACUUCCGGCGACACUCAUCAUGGAGGAGAAUGUGGUCGGUAUCACCCUUGCUCUUGCCCGUAAUGAUGUAAAGAUCAUUUGGUAUCUACUAUUCAAUUCAGCACUAGCAUAUUUUGUGAAUUUGACCAACUUCUUGGUCACAAAACACACCAGCGCCCUAACUUUGCAGGUUCUAGGAAAUGCAAAAGGAGCUGUAGCUGUGGUGGUUUCAAUUUUAAUUUUCAGAAAUCCAGUCUCUGUUACCGGAAUGCUCGGCUAUACACUCACAGUUUUUGGGGUUGUACUCUACAGCGAAGCCAAGAAACGAAGCAAAUGAGACGUCGUCUACAUGUAAGAUUGUCAUAUUAUGAUUUCCUUUAGUGCAA